UUCGUGUAAGGUGCUGGGUAACCGGAAUUUAAUUCAAUUAUUAUUCAAAAUGGGGAAUAUAUCGUAAAUAUUUCGUAUAAAUCAAGUGAAAUUGUACCGAAUUUAGUGCUUAAUAAGGCGCAUUUCAAGUGAAGUAGGAAGUCUCACUUUCGAAUUGAAUUUGAGUGAAAAUGGAUAAACAAAAUGAAAAAUCCCAAUUACCUGCUAUUAGAAAACCAGAUACGCUAUUUUUAUACAUUUCUAUUAUAACAGCUCAAUUAGUAUCUAUUGCAAAUGGAUCGUCAAUGGUAUGGAAUUCACCUGUACUAGGAAAAUUGUAUUCAAAUAACACCGAAAUAAAUCCCAUAGGCAGACCCAUAACAACUAUAGAAGUUUCAAUGUUAGCAGGAAUACCAACAUUCACCAAUAUCCUAGGAGUACUCUUUACGCCUAAACUUUCUGAUUUAAUCGGCAGGAAGCGGUAUUUGCUCUGCGCAGCAUUUGUAAUGCUUCUAUCAGGAAUUGGUUUAGCUUUUAGUAAUAACGUGAUGUUAAUGAUAAUAACUAGAUGUAUUUUCGGUUUUCCAGCAUCUUGGAUGGUUGUGUGUUUGUAUGCAGCUGAAGUGACCGAGGAUCAUAAUAGAGGGAAAUUCGGUUGUUAUUUCGGAAUUUUCCAUCAAAUCGGCCAUUUUUUUGGGUUUGUGAUAGGACCGUUUUUCAGCGUGAAAUAUUUCACGUUGAUCGUAACUUCUCCUUUAUUAAUAUUCCUCGUUAUAUUUAUGAUAAUGCCCGAGACACCGAUGUAUUUGUUGGCUAAAGGUAGAGAGGAUGAAUGCAAAAUUGCUCUGAGGAAAUUGAGAAGCAACAAAAGCGAGGAGGAAAUAGAAUCGGAUUUGGAGAAAUUGAAAGAGAAUCUAAGGAAACCGAAAGAAGAAAAAGGGAAAAUAACUGAUUUGAUAAAAAAACGGGAAAGCAUAUUAGCUGUAAUUUUAGGUUUAAUACCGUUGAUAACUAAAUACUGUUCAGGUGUUACUAUAAUAUUCACAUUCUUAGCACCAUUUUUUGAUGAAGCAGGCACCAGUUUAUCAGGUGACACAGUAGCAAUUAUAAUAGCUGUUUUCAAAAUAACCUUUUUCAUCCUGACUUCUUUUGUAAUAGAAAGAUUUGGUCGAAGAAAAAUGCUACUUAUAUCUUCCACUAGUACCGCUAUUCCUUUGUGUCUACUUGGAAUUUAUUUCUACCUACAAAGCAUCGAUUCACCAUUAAUAGCAUAUCUUCAAUGGAUUCCUCUCACAUGCCUUAUCUUUACAGUUUGCUUCUUCGGAUUAGGUUUAGGUCCAAUUCCUCAAGUAUGGAUAUCAGAAUUGCCAUCGGAAGAACUCAGAGCGGUGACUUCUUCACUAGUACAUUCAAUUGGUAGUGUUGUAGCAUUUGCAUUAACGUUUUUGUAUCCAAUAAUAUCGGAAUUGGGUAUACAAUGGUGUGUAUGGUGGUUUAGUGUGAAUUGCGCCGUUGGUUCGAUUUUAAUGUAUUUCUUUUUACCGGAAACUAAAGGAAGAAGUUUUGAUGAAAUACAAGAAAUAUUGAAAAAUUAUGAUGUCUCGAAGAAUAAUCAUUA